AUGACGAGAAAGGCACAUCCCCCCCUUCCUCCUCAAUUCAUCAAUGCGCAUGAUUUCCUAUUCGCCAUCGAGGCUUCAAUUAUGAUCCCUCCUCGCAAGCUUUUGCUGAAUCCGUAUCCUGUCUUGCCUUGUAGCAUGUGUCGAGGUGUCGGCUCUUCGUUGGCGGGGCCGGGUCACCGCAACAGGACACCGAGUGGUAGUCGAGUGGUAGUCGAGUGGUAG